UUCUCUGACAUUUCUUGCAGCUUGCUAUACUGUGAAUCACGUGGCUGCAGGCACCACGGAAGGGGCCCCGGUCUGAAGGCUCAGGGUCCUGGGAGAAUGUGAAGUGGAGCGCGUCCUUUGACUUCUGUUAGAUACUGGGUAUUGGGAGUUCUUCCUGGGAUUCAUGAAGAAACUCCUGCUGCUCUUCCACACAUUUUUUCCUGGAAAGGAGAACUCCUUGUUCCAUUGGCAGCAAAGACCCUCAGUGGUGAAGUAAGAAGGCUUUUCCUGCUAGCCCCAUGUCAGUACUGCCCGGGAUUCAUCUCAACAUCACCUGCCCUGGUGUUUCAUGCAAAAGAAGGAAGAAUACCUUCCCCAGAUCCACUUCUUGGGAAAGGAGAAAGGAACUCACCUUUCUCUAACCAAAGGCCCUCCAUCACACAGGCACACAUCCAAUGAUCCAUUGAUUUUCUCCUGCAGUGGGGUAUCUAUUCUGGAACGGUUGCCUGUGGACCCUCAGAGGAGCCAAGUUGCCCUGAAGAUCAUGAACUUGUCUUCUGAGCAUUGCAACAUAUCGGAUUGGCUGAGGCUAGAAGCCACAGUGAAGGCCUCUUUGUACGUGGUUUCUUUCUCCUUUGCCACUUUCAUCACUGUCGUCAUUAUUGCCAUAGUGACACAGAAUUCGAAACUGAGGAACGAGGUCCGAUACAUCCUCCUUUGCCACCAUCUGCUGUGCAUCUCCUCCUAUUGUGGUCUGGGGGUGGUUUUCCAAGGAAUGCGGGCUUUGCUGGCCAACAGCCCCGUAUUGAUGUGCUGGGUGGUGUUUGGGGCCCAGCUAAGUGUUGGAGAAGGAAUCCUCUUCACUCUGGCCUUCAUGGCUUUCAAUACUUACCUGGCCAUUUGCUGGCCAUUGAAAUCUCUGUCCUUUGUAGAUUCAGUCAAGUAUAGGAUUCUGGCUGGGACUUGGAUGAUCAUUAUACUCAAGAAUAUUUGCUUAUUCCUCAUAGAGAGCAGUAACUCCACUCAGGCUGCUAUUUUUGAAUCUGAACCCCUUUGCCCAGUGGUCUUGAACGGCACUCCUGCCAGAGCCAUUGGCAUGGCUUUCCUUUUCCUUCCUCUUUCUGUCAUUCUUAUAAGUUACUCUCUGAUAUACCAAGAAGGGAAACGGGCUGGCCAUUUUAACAGGUCAAAUAUCAAAGCCAGGAGAACAGUCCUCAUUCAUUUAGUGCAGUUGAGCUUGCACGUAAUACCAACCCUGUUAUUCAUAGGUUUGGGAAAGAUGUGCGGAGCGUUUUUCUUUGCUUUAAAUCUGGUGCUCUUUGGAGUCUUUGCCUUUGCCCAGUGUUUUAACCCUCUGAUCUAUGGGCUCUGGAACAGAGAGCUGCAAAGCAGGUUAUACCAUUGGGUGUGCUGUCGGCUGUGGUGUGGUCACGUGACCAACAGCAGAGGUCCAGUUUAAACAAAAACCCAGCCAUUUUGAAUCUAUAACUCUAGUCCUAAUGGACCACCAGCUAGGGUUGAGCACUUGCCUUUUACUCAACCUAAAAUGGGAGUCUUGAUUUGAUUUUGAAAGUGAUAUGAGUGAAUCAAAGUUAUUCAUCCGGCUUACAAAGUUGGCUGUUGCGUAUGCUGGACUGGCCUCAGUGAAAUCAUUUUAUGCCUUUGUUUCUAAGCCCGGAUCAGCAUUUUUGGCAGCAUGCUUUACUGUGUUUCAGUAGUUGGGCAGCUUUUGAGAAUGCACUUGUUUUUAGAAACUGAGAAAUAGUCCAUGGUUGAUAGGGACUGAAGUUUGGCUAUUCCCCUUAUAUUAAUUAGGGGUAGGUUUAGCUACAUAUAAUAACAAAACAGCAAUAAAAUAACAGUGACUUUAAAAAGUUAGAGACUGAUUUUUUUUUUUUCUUAUGUGAAAGAAAUCUGGAGUUACAAAAUCCAGGCCUAUGUGGCAGCUCUGCAGGCAACAGGCUCAUUCUCUUCUACUCUGCCAUGAUUAAUGUACCACCUCAUGACCCAAGAUGGCUGUUGGUGCUCCUGUCAUCACAUUCACACUCCAACCAACAGGAAGGAGGAAGGCAAAGAAGACUCUGAACCCACCUUCUAAAUAUACUUUCUAGAAGUUACACUAAACACUUUUUCUUACAUCUAACUGGCCAAAAUUUAACCAUAUGGCCAUAUCUAGCUUUAAGGGAGAGUGGGAAUAAACUUUAGCUGGUUAGCAGUAUCUCCAGCUAAAAAUUGAGGUCUUUGAUACUAAGAAAGGAAGGAAGAAUGGAUAAUGGGAGGCAAAAUUGUUUCAGCGACCAUUUUCCUCUCAACCAAAUACAGUGUAAAGAAAGACAAUAGAUAAGUUAUGAUCAUCACAAAAACAUACUCUGCCUUCAAUAUGAUAUACAAAUACAGAGUUAACAGUUCAGAAUCCCAGAAAACUUUGUGUUAUGUUAACAGAUCUCAAAAAAAAUGGCAUCAAUAAGGAGAACACUGAACUCGCUUAAACAUGUCAAUUAACUCAUAAUUUAAAUUUAAGCAAGUUUGAGGCAGCAGUUAGAAAUAAAGUCUUUUUUUUUUGCUGAGGAAGAUUCACCCUGAGCUAGCAUCCAUGCCAGUCUUCCUCUACUUUUUAGUAUAUGGGCCACCAGCAUGGCAUGGCUACCAAUAGAAUGGUGCAGGUCCGUACCCAGGAACUAAACCUGGGCCACUGAAGCAGAGCAUGCCCAACUUAACCACUAGGCCACUGGGGCGGGCCCCAAAAUAAAUUCUUUCACAGAAGUUUACAUAUGAUAUUUCUUUAGAUGAAAUAUCCAUUCCUGAAUCAGUCAGGAUUUAGUUCUAGAAACAGGAAUCAUCACCCUAGGUAUUUUAAACAGAAAGAAUUUCAUACAGGAAUUAGAUGCUUACAAAGUCACUGGAAGGGCUUAAGAAGCUGAAAUCAGGAGCCCCCACUAAUUGAUGUCAAGGGCAAACCACUGCAGCGUGAUCUGAAGGUCAAGCAGCUACUUGCACCACAGUCCCUGCUGCCUCAUGCCAUUCAUGUCUUUGUGACGUUGUUUGCAAAAGAAACAGCAACAGGAAGAUGGCUUCCACCUCCUUCCAUCUUCCAAAUCUCAUGUGAUUGCCUCCAAUUGGUAGACCCUAACUGGCAACUAGACCCUAAGAGCAAAGGAGUCUGGGAAAUGUAGUUCCUAGUUUCAUAGACUUGGCAAUACAGGAAGUUACUCCAAAAGGAGGGUAAAAUGAGGCUUGAAUGAGCCAAUCUAUGGGAACCAUCAUUAUGAUAUUUACUUUUAUUUACACGUAAUAAUAACAACAACAAGAAAGGCAAUAGAUACCAUGUAUUGAGCAACUAUUAUGCUCCUGACACUAUGGAAAUCCCCACAACGAUUUUAUAACAUAGAUAUUAUUAUUCUGGUCUACAAAUGAGAAAAGCUGAGGCUUAGAAAGGCCUUACAGAACCUUAGGAGAUCAGGACCUUUCCUUUAACAUUUGCCAUACAGAUCAUCCUUGGCUUACGAUGGGGUUAUAUCCUGAUAAACCCAUCAUAAGUUGAAAAUAUCAUAAGUCAAAAAUGCAUUUAAUACACUUAAUCUGCCAAACGUCACAGCUUAGCCUAGCCUACCUUAAAUGCACUCAGAACACUUACGUUAGCCUCCAAUUGGGCAAAAUCAACUAACACAAAGCCUGUUUUAUAAUAAAAUGUUGAAUAUCUCCUGGAAUUGGUUGAAUACUAUACUGAAAGUGAAGAACAGCAUGGUUGGAUGGGUCCAGCAUGGUUGUAAGUGUAUCGGUCAUUUACCCACGUGAUCUUGAGGCUGACCUGGAGCUGCGGCUCGCUGCUGCUGUCCAGCAUCCUGAGAGAGCAUCAUACUGCGUUUGCUGGCGUGGGAAAGCAGCAAAAUCCAAAAUUUGAAAUAUGCUUUCUAUG